AUGACCACGACCAAAGGUAGCAGAUCGCGAGCUACCAGCUUGCGCCCUCAAAGCGUCGCUCGCGAGAUCUUCCGGAAGCGCGACAACAAGCCUUACAAGACGGAGCAGAGUAAAGUCCUUGCCAAGAAGAAGAAAUUGAACUACCACGUUUGUUGCUCUACUCAAUCCGCCGGGACCGGAUACUAAUCUUGGGAUGCCAGACUACAUUUCGCCAAAAUGCGCCCCCGGGCUUCCACUAUUUGCCAGUUGGAACGCCGGACCUGGCAGAACGAUGCAAAGAACUGUCGCGCCAGCGAGGACUUCCCGUGAGCGUGGUCAACGUAUGUUAUCCACCCAUCGCAAAGGAAGCCGGUGCUCGAACGACUCCCGAGAAUCCCGCCAUCGAAGAUUAGACAUGCGUUUUCAACUAACUAAUUUCACCUUCUAGGCAAAACCUGUCAGCAGGAACGCCGUGGACCCCGACAAGGUGUCACAUCACAUUCAUCGUGUCGGCUACCAUUUUCGCGGCGAGAUCCUGGACCAAGCUUGCGGUGAGCUCGGAUACGUAUUCUUUGAAGACUCUUUCGUCAAGGAGAAAGACCUUGCCGCCCAGCAUGAGCAAAGCAGGAUAUCGCAGAUGAUGGCGAAAUUCGGGAUAAGACCCGAUGCGCCAAAUCGUCGUGAGACUGACGAUCAGAUCAGGGCCGCCAUCAAGGAACUUUUCCCAAAGAUACCCGAAGAAGAUCUUAAGGAGAUCCUCCGGCACGCUUGGGAAGAGGGAAGCAAACGCGUCGGCUUGAGCUCUGAUCUGAAUCUGCCUCGCCGUGUGCAGCUUGCCACGAUUGCUCGCAUUCGUCACACUUACACAGACUAUGACACACUACUACGUGCUUUCCCAUGGAAGGAAGCGCGUUUGAUGGUGGAGCCCACAUGCUUAGCGAAGUUGAUCGAGUGGCGUGGCGAGAAAGAUGAAGGUGACGACGAGGAGCUCGAAGAAAUCGUCAGGGAGACGAUUGUGAUCGACGACGACGAUGACGAUGAGGCUUUGCGCAAUGGAGAUGAAGCCGAUGACGAAGGCUCGAAUGAUCUUGCAUAUGCUAGUGAUACCAGCAUUGAGAUCAGCCAUCGGCCAGCAGAAGAAGCCGACUUUGGCGCCGAGAGUACCGACGAACACUCUCGACAAUUCCGAGAGCGUUAUCAAGCUGGCCCGGUCCGCAAAGUCCAGCGAAACAUCGCUCUUCGUCAAAAGAUCGUCCAAGUCAGAGAACAAGUACGCAACGGAGCCACAUUCCCUGGUCCCCUUGUGCAGCAACCGUACGUGGACACUCUGGUCAAACCGGUUUCGGCAUUGCUAACAAAAGCCAGUGAGGUGAUUCGAGUCCACGUCCCGGAAGGCGCCGAUGCAACGGUGAGCAUCGGCGGGCGACUGUUCAAGAAGGUAUGUCUGCUUGCAUUCGCGGAUCAUGGGCCAUGCUGAAGUUCGACUUUCUAGGCGCCAGGAUCCAUUGAGUCACCGAGGACCCCGAUCUACACGGCACCAUCCCAACUUCCGCAGAACGUUGCACGUAGAUUACAGCCGCAGUCGCCGCAUUUCCGCCCGCCGUAUGAAGCGCACAACUCCCCACAAUUGGCCAAUGUAGCAGAGGCCUACGCAUUGCACGACCGGCCUAUAGCAUCUAUUGAAGCGCAUGAAGGGUCACGUCGAGCGGCUAAGACGAACGCGUCAACCAGAAACGAGCACCCAUUCCUUGAUCCUAGGGCUCGCCCCGCUUCUCCUGAUAGCGAGAGAUCUGAGAAGCGUCGCCGCAUGGAUUACCCAACGCCAGUAAACACCGCAGACCAAUACCGACAACCACGAUCGCCGGCGGGAUCUGCCCGUGUGCAUCCUGCUGAGCAACUUGCCCGGCAUGGCGGUAGAAGCGGCACAGUCCCAACGUAUUUGGAACACUCGCCUUACAACCAGCUCGCCAGUUAUUACAAUGGAAGGAAUGGGGGAGCUCCUGAGCCAUACGAUCCUCGGCAACCCCUGCUACCAGUCAACCAGGGUCCUUUUCGACUGCAAUCUGAUGUGCAGCGCGACGGAGAAGCUCGCCCACCGUUCAUCGACGCCCAGGUGGCACCAAUACAGUACAUGCCGCUACCGCAGGAACAACGCAGAAUGGAUACUGUUGCACCUCGACGUCACGAAGUGCGGCAUUCAGGCCCUGUUGCUCAUCAGCAACCACGUGUGAUCUAUUUGCAGGCUCCGCCACCGCACUCAUAUCACACUCCACAACCUGUUCACGGCGCUCCUGCAGUAGUGCAGCAGAUUCCAAGGACCAACGAGCAGCAGGUUGCUUCAUCUCCGCCUGUUGCUGGCUUGCAGCCGCCUCCUGCGGGAUAUGUUCCCCAGCCUCAGUACUAUUACCCCCGCUGA